AGCAAAACAAUAGUGCAGACAUGCCAAAAGCUUUAAGGCAGCAGGCAUAAGUAUUUUAUUUUCCCAAAGUUGUACUUGUCUUCAAGCUGUAUAUAGACAGACACUGAGAGUGAGAGUGAGAGUGAAGAGAAACUAUGGAUUUGGUUUCGUUGAUUUCAGAAGCAGUAUUUCGAUUGACGAAAGACGGUGUAAUCACUCAAGAGCUUGGAGUAAUAUGGCGCCAGAUGAGAGAAUUCAUACUAAUUCCCACUUUGAAAGUUGCAGUUUUUCUUUGUUUAACAAUGUCAGUUAUGCUGUUCAUCGAACGGCUUUACAUGGGUGUAGUGAUACUCAUCGUAAAACUCUCUGGUCGAAAACCGGAGAAGCGUUACAAAUGGGAAGAGAUGAAAGACGACGUCGAGUUGGGUAACUCAAAUUACCCGAUGGUUCUUGUUCAGAUUCCAAUGUACAAUGAAAAAGAGGUCUAUCAGCUUUCCAUUGGUGCAGCAUGUGCUCUUUCAUGGCCCUCUGAUCGAAUAAUCAUUCAAGUUCUCGAUGAUUCUACUGAUCCAGUAAUCAAGGACUUGGUGGAAAUUGAAUGUCAAAUGUGGGCAAGUAAAGGAAUAAACAUCAAGUACGAAAUUAGAAGAAAUCGAAACGGAUACAAAGCUGGAGCUCUGAAAGAAGGAUUGAAACAUAGCUAUGUUGAUAUGUGCGACUUCGUUACCAUUUUCGACGCUGAUUUCCAACCUGAUCCUGACUUUCUCUACAAAAGCAUUCCAUAUUUUGUUCAUAACCCUGAGGUUGGACUCGUCCAAGCUCGUUGGAAGUUUGUGAAUGCGAACGAGUGUUUGAUGACGCGAGUCCAGGAGAUGUCGCUGAAUUACCAUUUCAGGGUUGAACAAGAAGUUGGUUCAUCGACCUACGCUUUCUUUGGUUUCAAUGGUACUGCUGGUGUUUGGAGAAUUGCUGCUAUUAGAGAAGCUGGAGGAUGGAAAGAUCGCACAACUGUUGAGGACAUGGAUCUGGCUGUUCGUGCUAGUCUCAAGGGUUGGAAAUUCGUCUACGUUGGCGCAAUCAAGGUGAAAAGUGAAUUACCAAGUACUUUCAAGGCCUUUAGGUACCAACAACAUAGAUGGUCUUGUGGGCCUGCAAAUUUAUUCAGAAAAAUGGUUAUAGAAAUCAUUAGAAACCAGAGGGUGGACUUGUGGCAGAAAGUGCAUGUGAUAUACAGCUUUUUCCUUGUAAGAAAGAUCAUAGCUCAUAUUGUAACCUUCUCUUUUUACUGCGUGGUAAUUCCGACGUGCGUGUUCUUUCCGGAAGUUGUGGUUCCGAUAUGGGGUGUGUUUUAUGUGCCAACAAUUAUAACUGUCCUGAAUGCAAUUGAAACACCACGGUCAAUUCACUUGGUGAUUUUUUGGGUUCUCUUUGAAAAUGUAAUGUCUCUGCAUCGUUCGAAAGGUACUUUAAUCGGCAUACUAGAAGCCGGUGGAAGAGUAAACGAAUGGGUUGUUACAGAGAAGUUAGGAGAUACUCUACUAAAACCCAAAGAUAAUAAUAAACCAGACAUAAAAUCGUCAAAGAAAUCAAGAUUUUCCGCAUUCAGAGAAAGGCUACAUUUGUUAGAGCUAGGCAUGGGAACGUACAUUUUAGUGUGCGCGUGUUAUGACGCUAUGUUUGGGAAGUACUGGUACUUUGUUUACCUGUUCGGCCAAACGGUUGCGUUUUAUGUCAUGGGGUUUGGUUACGUCGGCACCUUGAUUCCUCCAUCUUAAACUGCAAAGGAAUGCCAGACAGUGGAAGUAGUACUGCAGUCAUAAUAACUAGCUGAAAUAAUCGUUCUUGAUCAUUCCACUAAUCCCCUCUUGUAUAAAAGUAAACGUCGAUCAUUGUUGUAGGCGGGACAUAGACCAGGUGCAUGUGUAAAAGGGAAUUUUUCGCGAUUUUAUUCGUGGCCGAUUAUUAUGUUUUAUUCGUUGAUUACUUAUUGAGGGUGUCGAUCCUUGCUCCAUGUACUUGUCGUUAAACUAUAGAUCCAAAAUCGAAUAAAAAUACAUCGUUAAUUCUAA